GCACACAUUUCAAAUAAUUCUCCCUCAGAGUUAACCUGGAAGCUAUUUUCGGCUUUCCGCUUUCUUAGUUUUUUAGUGAUGCUUAAUAGUCUUUGGUGUUGGUGCUGUGCUUUUGAAAUGUUGACAGUUUUCAUACGGCCAGCUUGCAUCGAAUUAUCGUCGGGUCUCUCGGUCAAAAAGCCUUAUCUUAUCACUUAUGCUUAUCCGCAACGGAACAGCAUUUCUCCACAGUAUUAAAGUCGCUGCAUUGUCAGCAGUCGUGCCUGUUCUGCAAGAUAUCGCCACAUUGUUUGGGACCAAGGACUUAUUGCUCGCUUUCAUUAAUUAAUGAUUGUCUGUUGGUCGGUUGUUUGCUAUUGUGGAGAUUCACCGUGUCGAGCUGUGCUCUGAGCUUCCAAACUUGAUAAUUUAUUUGUGCAGUCAGUCUACCUGACGUUACAGAUGGUUUUAUUGCUGGACAGCCAUCAUGUUCCGUCCAAGUCAAAACGCAGUAGGAAGUCAAGAACUCCCCAGCGAUACAUCUGCUUUGGAAGGGAUUUAUCAUCCCUUUCCGAAGAACUUUUGUCCCGACGGCGAUGCAUUUUGGAACCGAUCGGUGACAUGGGAUACGGAGAAUCCCGAUUUUACGCGCUGCUUCCAGCAGACCGCAUUGGUGUGGAUCCCGUGCGGGUUUCUGUGGUUGAUGCUGCCGGUGCAAGCGUACAACGUCCUCUCGGCCAAGUACAAAAUCAAGCACUGGACCUGGGUCUCCGUCGCUAAAACUAUAUUGACAUGUGCGUUGGCCAUUCUGAACCUCGUAGAUUUCUUUUAUAUCGCUGAUGUUUGGAGGACAAGCUCCGUCAGUUAUUUUACUGAUGUGGAUCUCAUGGUUCCGCUCAUCAAAACCGCAACAUUUAUAUUGGCGGCACUUUACAUUUUCUUCGACAGAAGGGCCGCGAGACCCUCUUCGGGAAUACUCCUAAUUUUUUGGCUGCUAAUGCUCAUUGAAGGAAUUAUUACCUUCCGGUACGGUAUCGUUCAACGGAUUAAUACGGGUUUAUCGAGCCCGGUACAACUACAGUUUAUCACAUUGGUGAUAUCGUUUCCCAUUGUUGUCGUGCAGUUCGUUUUGUCGUGGUUCGCAGAAUAUUUCUCCGUGCUGCUCGGAGAUGGCAAAAAACCCUCUCCGGAACCGCUGGCAUCGAUACCAAGCUGGGUUACAUUUUCGUACUUCACAACGUUGGCAUAUAAAGGCUGGAAAAAGCCGUUGCUGCAGAGUGAUCUAUGGGAUUUGACCGAGCAGGAUCGAACGAAGAAGAACGUCGAUAGACUCCACAAGUUCUGGGAUAGAGAAUUGGAGAAAUCAAAAAACCGAAACGAUGAAACAUAUACAGUGGAUGCGGAAGUGGUUCCCAAGAAACCUUAUUCAGCAUCGCUUGGUUGGGCUCUCAUCCGCGCAUUCUGGGCACCGGCAUCAUUGGCUGGAUUUUAUCGAAUAUUGCAGGACUUAUUAUUGUUUGUAUCACCGCAAGUUUUAAGGUUAUUGAUUGAUUUCAUUGGAGAUGGAAGUGCGGAAGUUUGGAAAGGAUAUUUCUACGCGGCAAUCAUGCUAGUCGCUGGCACUGCUCAGUGCUUCUUUGUUAAUCACUUCUUCUUUAAAACAAGCCGGGUGGGGCUGCAAAUUCGGGGUUCAAUCAUGGCUGCCGUGUACCGAAAGGCUUUGAGGAUUACCAGCUCCGCGAAACGUUCUAGCAAUCUGGGUGAAAUUGUCAAUCUUAUGUCUGUGGACGCACAGCGUCUAAACGAUCUGAUGGUAUACGUGCACUUGCUUUGGUCGGCGCCAUUUUCCAUUGGGUUGACGAUUUAUUUCCUGUAUGAUGUCGUUGGUUAUUCGGUAUUUGCCGGGUUGGCAGUGUUACUUAUGACGAUUCCCAGUAAUUACUUCCUGGCUAGCCGCAAUAAGCGCAUUCAGUUAGCACAAAUGAAGCAUAAGGACGCGCGCAUCAAGCUUACAUCGGAAAUUCUAAACGGCAUGAAGGUCUUGAAGUUAUACGCAUGGGAAGAGUCGUUUGAGAAACAAGUGCUGGAACUGAGAGAACUUGAACUAAGACAGUUACAAAAAGCCGCGCGAUUGGAAGCCAUCUCGGCUUUCAACUGGUUUGUAACGCCAUUUCUCAUGUCUUUUGUCACUUUUGCCACCUUCGUCUUAUCGUCAUCGGAGAACGUUUUGGAUGCCGAUAAGGCGUUUGUGGCCCUGUCGCUGCUGAAUAUCCUUCGAUUACCGCUGACAAUGUUACCGCAUUGUGUUACUUUACUAGUCCAGUCGCGGGUGUCUUUGAAACGCUUAACGAAAUUUUUGUGCAACGAUGAACUCAAUCCUAAUAACGUGCGCUCACUACCGGCAUCCGACAUCAAGCAUGCACUGCGCAUCCAGAAUGGUACAUUUUCAUGGGGACAAGAAGAGCCCGUUUGUCUCAAAGAUAUCAAUUUGGACGUUGCGCAUGGAGAAUUAUUGGCCGUUGUUGGACAAGUGGGUUCCGGAAAGUCCUCUGUUGUUGCGGCAAUGUUGGGGUUGAUGGAGAAAUUGUCCGGUGAUGUGGCUGUUAAAGGAACCGUGGCAUAUGUUCCGCAGCAAGCUUGGAUCCAGAACUUAACGCUAAAAGAAAACAUUUUGUUCGGUAAACCAUUGGAUGAAGAGCGGUAUCAAAAAGUGUUGGAUGCGUGUGCAUUGCGCACCGAUUUGGAAUUGUUGGCUGCUGGAGAUCAGACUGAAAUUGGAGAAAAAGGAACAAAUUUAAGCGGUGGACAACGGCAGCGUGUCAGCUUGGCGCGAGCAGUGUAUAGCGAUUCGGAUGUAUAUUUUUUGGACGAUCCUUUAAGUGCUGUUGAUGCUCAUGUCGGAAAGCACAUAUUUGAGCAUGUCAUUGGACCGAAUGGAAUGCUGAACAACAAAACACGCAUCCUGGUGACGCAUGGUGUCGGUUACCUCCCUCAAGUGGAUCGCAUCGUGGUGCUGGGUAAUAAGCACAUCUCGGAAGUGGGCACAUACGACCAGCUGCUGCAGAACAAUGGAGUCUUUGCGGAAUUCCUGCGCACGUACUACUUGGACGAACUGGAAGCCGUGGAAAAAAACGACCCAGAUGCCGUCAGCAAGAAAGAGGAAAUACUUACGGAAAUAUCCCAUGUGGGCGGUCUGCAAGUGCCGCCGUACGAGCGACAGCGGAGUAGUUCAUCCUUAUCCACCGUCUCGUCCAUGCGAACAGAACGAACGUCUUCCAUGCGCGCUGAACGAAAAGUCCGCGAGGUGUUCCGUCGCGCAUCGCGGGUGUCGCUGACCAAUAAGAAGCAGGAGAACGGAACUGUUUUACCCGAGCAGAAAGCCAAAUUGUUGGAAGAAGAUGAUGAGGACGAGGGUAAAGGGAAAUUGGUGGAGUCGGAGACGGCGGAGUUUGGGCAGGUGAAGAUGAAAGUGUUCCAUACGUAUUUCAAGAAUGCGACGUAUUUGGCGGCCUUUGGUAUGGUGGGAUCGUAUACGCUGUUUAAUGCGUUCAACGUCAGUGGAAGUUUCUGGUUGACGGAAUGGACCAAGGACGCCAAUUAUACCGAUAGGAGAGGCGAUCCCGGAUGGCGGGAUUAUCGGUUGGGCGUCUACUUUACCUUUGGAUUCUUACAAUCAAUAUUUAUCCUGUGCUCGUACCUGAUCCUGGCGUAUGGACAGAUUAUGGCCAGCAGAAAUUUGCAUAGAGGGAUGUUGAUGCGGAUCAUGCGGGCGCCCAUGUCUUUUUUUGAUACGACACCAUUGGGCCGUAUUGUUAACCGAUUUUCGAAGGAUGUGGAGAUUGUGGAUAGUAUGAUCCCGCUGAACAUGGAAGGUGUCAUCUACUGCUUCUUGAGUGUGGUGUUCACGUUAGUAGUGAUUUCCAUCAGUACCCCAAUAUUCAGUCCGGUAAUAAUUCCGCUGGCGAUUUUUUACUUCUUGGUCCAGCGGUUUUAUAUUGCAUCGAAUCGACAACUGAAACGGUUGGAAGCCAUUUCCCGGUCACCGAUAUAUUCGCACUUCCAGGAAUCUGUCCAAGGGUCCAGUGUGAUUUUGGCCGCUCGGCAGGGCGAACGUUUUAUUGUGGAAAAUGAGCGUCGAGUGGAUGCUAAUAAUAUGUCAUUUUUCUUGAACAUUCUUUCGCAACGAUGGGUUGCCAUACGAAUGGAUUGUGUGGGAAAUUUAAUAACGUUCUUUGCCGCUGUGUUUGCUGUUUUAUCAAAAAGCCUAGAUAUGGGUGCAGAUCCCGAAAAUAUCGGCUUGUCCAUCAGUUAUUCCCUUAGUGUGACGCAGGUGAUGAAUUGGAUGGUGCGAAAUAUUAGUGAUUUGGAGAGUAAUGUUGUUUCGGUGGAACGAAUCAAAGAAUACAGCGAAAUUCCCAACGAGGCUUCAUGGGUGAUUGAUGGUAAACGUCCUCCUAAAGACUGGCCACCCGCGGGCCGGGUGCGCUUCGAGAAUUAUCAGACCCGCUAUCGACCGGAAUUGGAUUUGGUGCUGCGUGGUGUGGAUUGUGAUAUUCAGCCGGGCGAGAAAAUUGGCAUUGUCGGUCGGACAGGAGCCGGAAAGAGUUCACUGACGUUAGCUUUGUUCCGGAUUAUUGAAGCAGCUGGAGGACAGAUUGAAAUUGAUGCGCAGAAUAUCGGUGACAUGGGGCUGCACGAUGUUCGGUCCAGGAUAACCAUCCUGCCACAGGAGCCUGUUUUGUUCAGCGGAUCUUUGCGGUUAAAUUUGGAUCCAUUCGAUAAGCAUAACGACGAAGAAAUAUGGUCGGCAUUGGAACAUUCGCAUUUGAAGACUUUUGUGAGCGCUUUACCAGACGGAUUAACGCAUCUCGUAGCGGAAGGUGGAGAAAAUCUUAGCGUGGGCCAGCGACAACUGAUUUGUCUUGCCAGAGCACUUCUGAGAAAAACCAAGAUUCUUGUCUUGGACGAAGCCACGGCCGCUAUUGAUUUGGAAACUGAUGCAUUGAUUCAAGAAACCAUUCGAGAUAAAUUUUCGGAUUGUACGAUAUUAACAAUUGCUCACAGGAUAAACACAAUUAUGGACAGCACCCGAGUGAUGGUAUUAGACCAAGGCCGAGUAAAGGAGUUUGCAUCCCCCGAUGAUUUGCUAGCUGACCCCAAGAGUAUAUUUUACAGUUUAGCGAAAAGUGCCGGUCUGGCCGCAUGAAAAGAGAUUACGGUUGACGCAUUUUCCCGUAUAAUGCUUUGAUUUUUUUAGCCUCGUGCGUAACACAGUAUUGUAUUGUAUUUAUUAUUGACUGUUUUAUUUGUUACUUAAACCGCCCCUCCUUUCCGUUCUCUCAGUUGUGACCUUUGUAAUCAAAGUGCCUGGAUUACUGUGGUUUUCGAUAGGCUGUGAUUUGGUUAUGUUACUGUUACUGGUGAUUGACCCGGACCUGCUGUAAACUGUUCUGCUGUGGUAUUUUACCGGAUGUGCUUUACGUGGCUGUUGUUUCCUGUGAUGGAAAAUUUAACUGCCUUUUUGAGACUGGUUUGCAAAAGGAUCGCCACGAUCCUGUGUGGAUACCAGUAGUAAACGGAAUAAUAAAAAUGCAGAUGG